CUGUGGGACACUUUAUAUCUAGAAGCUGCGUUUAGUUCUAGUUUCUUCUGCAGUGGGCCAUUUCGCCCCCUACCCAGUCUUCCCGAGUAAGGAAAGAGCCGCCAAGCAUCAGCUGAGCCCGGAUGAACCGGGGCUGCUGAGCGGCUCAGCCUCUCCCGGGACCCGGCGCCAGAGCAGCCGCAAGCAUGCCUGCUGGGUGGUGGCUGCUUCUGGUUAUGUUGUGCUGGACCGAGGAACUGGUACUAGCGGGAGAGAUGAUGUCCUAUGGAAAGCCAUGCGGGGGCCAAGACUGCAGUGGAGGCUGUAAAUGCUUUCCUGAGAAAGGAGCAAGAGGCCGACCUGGACCAAUUGGAAUGCAAGGUCCCACAGGUCCAGAAGGAUUUGCUGGCCUGGCUGGAUUGUCUGGGUUGAAAGGAGAAAGAGGCUCCCCAGGCUCUCUGGGACCUUAUGGACCGAAAGGAGAGAAGGGCCCCAUUGGAGCUCCUGGCUUUCCUGGCAUCAGUGGAAUUCUGGGCCACCCUGGACAGCCAGGGCCCAGAGGCCCACCUGGUCUGGAUGGCUGGAAUGGAACUCAAGGAGCAGUUGGAUUUCCGGGCCCUGAUGGCGACCCUGGCCUUGUUGGACAACCUGGGAUCAAUGGACAGAAAGGUACUAAAGGUGACCCUCCUCUUAUUUCUCAAGUGACUCUCAAAGGAAUGAAGGGGGAUCCUGGGCAGCAAGGACUGGACGGAAGCACUGGUCCAAAAGGAAUGUCUGGAUUUCCAGGAGCUGCAGGACCUCGAGGACCCCCAGGCAUUCAAGGUCUUCCCGGUGCCCCUGGAGUCCCUGGCCCAGAUGGGAAUAUGGGGUUAGGUUCCCAAGGAGAAAAAGGAGUCAAGGGUGAUGUGGGCCCCCCUGGACCUGUUGGACUACCGCCAUCUACCGGAGAACUGGAGUUUAUGGGGUUUCCAAAAGGGGAAAAGGGGUCUAAAGGUGAACAAGGGCCUCCGGGUUUCCCAGGCAUAAGUGGUCCUCCCGGCCUCCCGGGAAUUGGAAGUAUCAGAGAAAUUGGAGAAAGGGGCAUCCCUGGUUUGCCAGGACCUAGGGGACCCCUGGGCACUGAAGGCUUCCCAGGUGCUCCAGGGAUUCAGGGCAAAAAGGGAACCUCAGGUUUCCCGGGGAGAAGUGGAUUACCAGGAAUUAAGGGUAACAAGGGCGAUAUUGGCCUGCCAGGCCCAGAUACUGUCAUUGAUAAGGAUGGCGUUGUGAUCUCAGGCCAUCCUGGAGACCCAGGUGUUCCAGGCCUCCCUGGACGUAAAGGAGAUGAAGGCAUCCAGGGCUUGCCUGGCCUGUCUGGUACCCAUGGCCUCCCCGCAAUAAUACCAGGUGCCCCAGGCCUCCUGGGGCCUCAAGGCGUUCCAGGCAAGAAAGGGAACCGAGGCGAUCCAGGCCAUACCACCAUUGGAACAACUGGCCUCCCAGGCAGAAUUGGUUUGCCAGGCCUGCCAGGCUUACCCGGAUUACCUGGUCCAGCAUUUGAGACCGGAACCCUAAAGAAUGCAGAGCCAGGAUUCCCUGGCCUCCGGGGAGAGAGAGGUCCAAAAGGAAAAUCAGGCCUUAAAGGAAAGAAAGGAGACCCUGGUGCUUGCUUCUGUGAUGGUGGUGUCACCAACUCUGGACCACCUGGAGAACCAGGCCUACCUGGACCACCGGGUUUCAUGGGUCGUCCAGGUCUCAAGGGGAUCAAAGGAGAUGCAGGCUUUCUGGGUGCCGAGGGUCCAGCUGGGGCUCCAGGUUUAUUUGGGGCUCCAGGUCCUGCAGGCCUCAAAGGAGAUAAGGGCGAGCCAACUCUCAGUAUGCGAUCAGGGAUGCCUGGGGAACAGGGUAUCCAGGGGCCCCAGGGGCCCCCAGGCCAAACAGGAGUCCCAGGCAAGGAUGGAGUACCAGGGACACCAGGUCUACCAGGUUUUCCGGGCGAUUCUGGCCAAGGAUUUCCUGGGGAUGGAGGGUUUCAAGGAAUCCCCGGAGAAAAAGGUCAUCAUGGUCCACCUGGCCCUCCAGGAAUUGGUUUUUUAGGAGCUCCUGGACUCCGUGGGCCCCCUGGAGACCCAGGAAUAGAUGGCUUACCGGGAAAACAAGGUCUUCCUGGACUUCCAGGUGACUGCUGCUGCAGGGGCAGGGAGAAACUUGGUAAAGGAGGCGGAGCCACAGAGGGAGGACUAACAUUACCAUGUAUUAUCACCGGGCCUUUUGGUCCAUCAGGCCAUCCAGGAUCUCCCGGAUUCCCAGGCCCAAAAGGAGCCCAGGGCUACCCUGGGAUUCCUGGCCAGCCAGGAAUUCGUGGAACUAAGGGAGAGCAAGGACUUCGCGGAGGGGUUUACCUCCCUGAAUUGCCAGGAUUUCCUGGACCUCGUGGGGAGAAGGGCUUGCCUGGGUUCUAUGGGCUACCUGGAAAAGAUGGCUCACCGGGUAAGCCUGGCAGUCCAGGUUUACCUGGCCCCAAAGGAGCCCCCGGUGACGUCUUGGGUCCUGCAGAUGGUGCUCCAGGGAAUCCGGGCCUCCAAGGGCUGCCAGGCGACGAGGGAUUUCCUGGAGAUUCUGGCCCCCCAGGACCCAAGGGUUUGCUUGGGAAGUCUGGCUUGCUGGGCACCAAAGGUGAGCGGGGCAGCCCUGGCACCCCAGGACACAAGGGCCGGGCAGGCCCUCCAGGGCCUGAUGGCGUGUCUGGCAUCAAGGGGAAACCUGGUCUCCCAGGAACAGCAGGCUUUCCUGGCUUGGCAGGGUAUCCUGGGAAGAAAGGCCCCAGAGGCGAGGCAGGUCCCCCGGGACCAACUGGAAAGAGAGGUCUGCUUGGCAUCAAAGGCCUUCCCGGAUCUCAAGGAAACGCAGGCUUCCUGGGGAGCACGGGCUUGCCAGGGGAAACAGGGUUGCCAGGCCUCCCGGGCCCAAAAGGUGAAAAGGGGUCUGGUGGACUGAUAGGUUUUCCGGGAAUACCGGGCCUCCCAGGUAUUCCUGGUGCCAGUGGAUUGAAGGGAGCCCCGGGGUCAACAGGAAGAAUUGGAACAUCCGGGUCUGUGGGCAACCCUGGUGAAAAAGGAGACAGAGGUGAUCCGGGGCUGAUCGGAGGACCCAGCCAAGGAGUUCCCAUGCUUAACGUUUUGUUAAAAGGAGACAAAGGUGCCCUGGGAGCGACUGGAUCAAGUGGAUUUCCAGGGCCCAGAGGGGACAAAGGAGAGCGUGGCCUCUCUGGGCCACCAGGCCUCCCCGGAGCCAUUGGAUUCCCCAGUGUCAUCAAAGGACUUAUGGGAAAGUCAGGCCCUCCUGGCCCCCAAGGACUACGGGGCUUGCCUGGCUUGAAGGGGGCCACAGGAAUCACAGGCUUUCCGGGAAUGCCUGGAGAGGCUGGUCAACAAGGUCUUAAUGGGGUGCCCGGGCUCCCUGGAGCAGCUGGUCUUCCAGGUACUAAAGGAGAUCUAGGACCAACACAUACGAUUCAUGGGCUCCCAGGAGCCAAGGGACAACGUGGAGUGUCUGGUUUUGAAGGUAUCAAAGGAAAAGCUGGCCUGCCCGGUGGUGCGGGUUUCCCAGGCACUAAGGGCGAAGAUGGAAAAGAUGGACUUCCGGGAGACAUCGGCCUGCCCGGCUCCCCAGGAUUCCCUGGAAUUGCAGGACCAAGAGGACACCCAGGGCUCCCAGGUUCUCCUGGCCAACCAGGAGCAGUUGGCCCCCUGGGACACCCUGGAAUGGUCGGAGUUAAAGGCUUUCCUGGACUGCCCGGCUUGCAUGGAUUAAAUGGGCUUCCAGGCACUAAGGGUGGCCCUGGAACACCUGGGCCCAGUAGAACCGGAGUUCCUGGAGCUGCUGGCCUGCCUGGCCCCAAAGGGGAAAGAGGUCCUUCGGGAAUUGACAUUGGAACCCCAGGAAAAUCAGGGGCAAGAGGACCACAAGGGAGCCGAGGAUUCCCAGGUCUCCCUGGCCCUUCUGGUCUCCCUGGUGCCCCAGGCAUCUCCUUGCCUUCAGUCAUAGUAGGACAGCCUGGUGACCCCGGGCGGCCCGGCCUAGAUGGAGAGCGAGGCCGCCCAGGCCCCCCAGGGCCCUCAGGUCCCCCCGGGCCAUCCUCGGAUCAAGGUGACUCUGGAGAGCCUGGUUUCCCAGGAAUUCCUGGUCUUCCAGGGCUCAAGGGAGACCAAGGAAGCCCAGGUUUCUUGGGCCCCCCUGGCGAGCUGGGGCUGAAAGGCAUGAGAGGGGAGCCCGGCGUCAUGGGCACUCCAGGCAAAGUUGGGCCACCUGGAGACCCUGGACUUCCUGGGCUGAAGGGGAAGGCAGGGCCAAGAGGUUUUUCUGGGCCCCAAGGUGCUCCUGGACAAACACCAAUCACAGAAACCGUCCAAGCUCCUCCGGGAUCUUUGGGUCUACCGGGCAUCGAUGGCAUCCCUGGCUUUGUGGGGGAGCCUGGAGUUCAAGGCCCUGUAGGCCGACAAGGUGCCAAAGGUUUACCUGGCAUCUCUGGCAAAGAUGGUCCCAGCGGGUUCCCAGGCCCGCCUGGGGUUCUUGGUGAUCCUGGUGUCCCUGGACUGCAAGGCCCUCCUGGAUUGGAAGGAGCUCCAGGGAAGCGGGGCCCCUUUGGGAGACCUGGAGUGCAUGGCCGGAGCGUGAGCGUGGGCUACACCUUGGUGAAACACAGUCAGUCGGAUCAAGUCCCCCUGUGCCCCCUCGGGAUGAACCAGCUGUGGGUGGGGUACAGCCUGCUAUUCGUGGAGGGCCAGGAGAAAGCCCACAACCAGGACUUGGGCUUUGCCGGCUCUUGCCUGCCACGCUUCAGCAUCAUGCCUUUCAUCUACUGCAACAUCAAUGAAGUGUGCCACUAUGCCAGGCGCAAUGACAAGUCCUACUGGCUCUCCACCACCGCCCCCAUCCCCAUGAUGCCCGUCGGCCAGACCCAGAUUCCACAAUACAUCAGCCGCUGCGCAGUAUGUGAGGCACCCUCGCAAGCCAUUGCUGUGCACAGCCAGGACGUCACCAUCCCACAGUGCCCCCGGGGUUGGCGCAGCCUCUGGAUUGGGUACUCCUUCCUCAUGCACACUGCUGCGGGGGCCGAGGGCGGAGGCCAAUCCCUGGUCUCCCCUGGCUCCUGCCUCCAAGACUUCCGGGCCACUCCCUUCAUCGAGUGCAAUGGCGCCCGGGGUACCUGUCACUACUUUGCCAACAAGUACAGCUUCUGGCUGACAGCAGUGGAGCAGAGGCAGCCAUUUGGGGAGGGGCCCGUGCCUGAGACCCUGAAAGCCGGACAGCUCCACACUCGGGUCAGCCGCUGCCAGGUGUGCAUGAAAAAUCUGUAAGGCAGCACCUGCCCUUCUGCCCUUUGCCCUCCCCUCCCCCUCACAGCGGUCACCUCGCCAACCUGAAUACUCUGAAGAAGGAAGAUCCUUUGUUUGGUCCAUCGGUCAAGUUUUACUGUGGAGUCUCACCUGGGCUUGGACCCAAUCCAGGAGCCCUUUCUUUCCACUUGGUGCUCUGGCGAUCGGGAUGUUUGCACACCUUUUCAAGGGCAACCUCAGAAAGACUUAUGGGGUCAGAAAUCUCUUCCAAACUCGCUUGUGAGCUGUCUUCAUGUCCAAACAUCGCCACACAUUAUUUACUUAAACCAGUGUUUCUACAUGCAAACAAAACAAAAACAAAAACACAUUCAGGGAUCAUUCAAAGCUACCUAGGUUGAGCCCCAACCCUUCAAGGAAGCCCACUGUGUCUAGGCAGGCAAGAGAACUAAAUUGAGGUGCCUGCCAGUAGCCUGGGAUGAGCUGAGACUCCUGCCAGAGUGAGGGAGGGAGGGAGGGAGCGAGGGAGGUGAGUGAGUGAGUCUGUUGCUCGUCCCAUAUUGCUUAGGGAAGACUGAAGGCUGGCCAACAACCGAGAAGCGCUCAUUAACUUCAGAUGGCCCCACACAAAUGACUUCCUCUGGGCUGGCUCUCUCCCCCGCCAGAGACAGAGAGAACUUGGCCUGGUCCACAGCAGGGCAGAGGACACCACAAAUACUGCCAGGCUCUUGCAAAAGAAAUGAGAAUCACAGUUCUUUUUCCUGGGGCCGGAACUCAAGAAGGGGGUGCAGAAGGAGGUGUGAAUUUUCCCUUGGACUCCAGGAACAAAAAAAGGCAAUUCCUUAUCCCAAUUUCUCAGCAGUCCCAGUGUAUCCCAAAGGCCAUCUCAAUGUGCAUAUGUAUUGUGGCAAAGGGAAGCUCCACGGUUUGGAUUCCUCUGCAGCCUGAGGCUGGUAGAGACACUCCAUUAAAGGCUUCUAUCCAAAUGCUGUUUCACAGGACUCUGUUAAACCCUUGGCAUGCAUUUUGAAACUUCUGUCAAAAUCAAGCUUACUCUUCCCCUUAGGAGCUCGCAGACGGAAAGCCAGGCUGAGUUGGCUAUAAAGUGUAUUGUGUUCUGUUUGGGGAGCAUUUGUUUGAUCCAUUUUCUUUAAUUACCAGAUUCCCAGAAGACUCCUUGUUUGGUUGACAGGAGGCAACUCCUUCCAGGUGUUUCUGUUUCCUUGCGUACUCUGUCCAUUAUGUCAACACAGACAGAGCAUAACCAUCAUAGUGGGAAUGAACGUUACGUCACAAGUAUGCUGCCCGUCUUGUACAUAGCAAAUAAAAGGCAUUAAACCUGA